UAUAUAUAACUGGCGCAUAUGCACAUACACACAUAUAUAAAUUAAGCUGUUAAUCAUUUCCCAAUUCUCUUGCAAAAUGUUGGAACUACCAUUACUCAAAAUGUCAUUUCGUUUUACCAAAUUCGAUUUGAGGCAUCUUCGUUACUUUGCUGAGAACCUGCACCCGGAGCUGCUAGGUGGUGCGGUUGCUCUUGUCGCCGUUGGUCUCACCGCUGCUUAUUUUUAUCAUCGGUUAACCAAAGUUCCCAAAAAAUGCCUGGACCCCAACAACUUCAAAGAAUUUGAACUUAUAAAGAAGACCCAACUCAGCCACAACGCAGCAAGAUUCAAAUUCGCCCUUCCAACUCCUACAUCGGUGUUGGGCCUUCCAGUCGGAAAAAAUAUUCUUGCCAGGGGAAGCGAUAGCAGCGGAGCGGAGGUUAUGAAAUCAUACACUCCAGUCACGUUGGAUUCGGAUGUUGGCUACUUUGAAUUAGUUGUUAAGAUGUACCCAAAUGGAAAGAUGUCGCACCAUUUUAGAGAAAUGAAAGUUGGAGACAAGUUGGCUGUGAAGGGCCCCAAGGGGCGAUUCAGUUACAAGCCUGGUCAAGUUCGGGCAUUUGGAAUGAUUGCUGGAGGUACAGGCAUCACCCCAAUGUUUCAGAUCACAAGGGCCAUUCUAGAAAACCCCAAGGAUAAAACAAAGAUUUCCCUUUUAUAUGCCAAUGUGACGGUGGACGAUAUUCUGUUAAAGGAAGAACUAGAUAAUUUUGCCAGCAAAUAUCCAAGUCAAUUCAAAGUCUAUUAUGUUCUUAAUAAGCCCCCUAAUGAGUGGAACGGUGGCGUUGGGUACAUAACUAAGGAUAUGAUUCAAACCCAUUGUCCUGCACCAGCAAGAGAUAUCCAGGAGACCCAACUCAUAAGGCUUCUUUGCAUGGACUCACAUGGAUACUGAUGUGCGGUCCACAACCCAUGAAUAACACAAUGACAAGUUAUCUUAAUGAACUUGGCUACACAUCAAAGAUGCAAUUCGUGUUCUAGCACAUGUACUUUAAAAUUGCAUAUGUAUUUUCGUUUUGAAAAAAGAAAUACUGAGACCAAAAAUAAAAGACAGAUGAAUUUUGAGAUAGAAAUUAAAAAUUGUACUUUUAUUAUUGUCUUUACAACCCCAUAAAUUUGUAUCUACUUUUCUAUGUUUCAAAA